UUUCUGGACAAGAAUCGCAGGCCAACAUGGCUCCGAUUAAGAAACAGGUCAUUAAAAAGACCAAGACGGGUGGCAAGAAGAAGAAGCAGGUCCUGAAGUUCACCCUGGAUUGCACUCACCCAGUGGAGGAUGGCAUAAUGGAUGCUGCUAACUUCGAGCAGUUUCUUCAGGAGCGCAUCAAGGUCAAUGGUAAAGCAGGGAACUUGGGAGGUGGCGUGGUGUCCAUUGAGAGGAGCAAAAGCAAAAUCACUGUCAAUUCUGAGGUGCCCUUCUCCAAAAGGUACUUGAAAUAUCUGACCAAGAAGUACCUGAAGAAAAACAACCUGAGGGACUGGCUGCGUGUGGUGGCCAAUACUAAGGAGAGUUACGAACUUCGCUACUUCCAGAUUAACCAGGAUGAGGAAGAGGAGGAGGAUGAAGAUUAAAUCAAUGCUACUUUUGUGAAUAAAAUUUC